GUGUAUCCACGUCACAACAAAUUAGCCUGUGAGGAGCUGAAGUUCAAGAUGAAGCUUUACGGAGUUCUUGUCCUGUUUCUAACUUUUUCUGUUGCACUUGGAUUGAGAUGCUACAGAUGUAUAAAAUCUGACCCUAAGUUCUGCACAGGCACUACAGAUUGUUCUGGGAUAUUCAAUCGAUGUUUUUCUCUCAAGGUAGAAGUACUGAAUACAGCACUGGUUACCAAGGGCUGCCAGUACAGCGGAGCAUGCGUUGAUCCCACAUCGUGCUGUGAAGGGAACUUGUGCAACGGUGCCGUACCAACUGGCCCCGGUGUCAUCCUGCUGCUCCUGUCUUCAGCCCUUAUGAUGCUCUUUAUUUAAGGCUCUGAAAUAAUGAUCCUGUUCUGGUUUAUUGUUUGGUCUCUUAACAAUUACUCUGAGGUGACAGCAAACAUGCAGUCAGGACAGACAUACAGCAUUUUUUAUUAAUCAUGUAAUACACAUGUCUCUUUUAAAAAUGGAAUAAUAAAAAUGUAAGCAAUGAAGCAAUAAACUAAUGAACUGCUCAA